AUGAAGAGGAGUUUCCCUAGUGAAAUAGAGAGCAAUUUAGCUUUGGCAAAUUGCUUGAUUCUCCUUUCACAAGGAGGAAACAAUUAUGAUCAACAUGCCAUCUUCAACAACAACAACAACAACAAUAACCCUAGUAGGGUUUUCGAGUGCAAAAUAUGUAACCGGCAGUUCGCUUCAUUCCAAGCUCUAGGAGGUCACCGAGCCAGCCAUAAGAAACCGAAGUUGAUUGAUGGAGAUAACGGGUCGACCGAGAGCCGACAACCGAAGAAACCUAAGAUGCACGAGUGCUCGAUCUGCGGGCUCGAGUUUACGAUCGGGCAAGCGUUGGGGGGACACAUGAGGAGGCAUAGGACACAUGAGGUAAGAAAUCCAUAG